AUGAUAAUUCAAGAAUUCACAAGAUAACCAUCAAAACUAUUCUAUUUUAUAGCAUCAUUCCUAAAUGAAUUGUUAGUACUAAAAUGUGGUUUGCUAAUAUAAAAAAAUGACUAUAAAAUUGAAAGUUUAUUUGAGAAAUUCUUGGUACAUCUCAUUCAACCUUAUAAAUACUUUAUUCAAGAAUAAUUAGAGAUAUAAUACAGUAUAGUAACUUUUAUACUUCUCUAACUUAUAAUAUUGUUUUGGGGUUAUCUUGUAAUUGUACCUGGAAAUAAAGAAAAAAAAACAUACAUAUAACUGAUCACAAAAUAUGAAUCAAGCUCAAAUUUACAAUUUUUAUUAAUGUACUUUUGGAAAUCAUUUUUUGUGAUGUUAUCUGAAUUUUUAGGUUUGAUGAUAAUUGAAGGUUGUUUCGUAAUUUUAUUUGAUUAAAGAAUUGAUAACUUAUUCUGUGUGAUAAGUUCUAUUGUUAUGCUAUUAGAAAUAUUAAUUAUUCUAAUGCUUUAAGAAGUGUUUAUGAAUUAAAGUUUGCAUUAUAUACCUAAAUAACUGAACUAAAUAAUUUAACCAACACCUCUGGUUUUUAUUAGUAAAUUAAUAAAAAUAAUCAUAUUAUGUCUUUUUUAAAGUUCAAUAGCAAAUAAAUAGAUUAUAGUAUUAGUGAUUUUAAUUUUAAAUGGUUUGCUUGAAUUAUAUAUGUUAUUAAUUUUGACGAUUAAACUGGAUAGAUACUUAGUGAGAUAAAAUGUACUUAUGCAAUGUUUAAUAAUUUGUGUCUCAGCUUAAUAAAUAAUCAAUGAAUAUGUUAAUUAUUCAUUACAAUUUUUAUGGAUAAUUAUUUCAAUUUUAUUUUAUCAAGCUAUAUCAAUGUAUUAUUUGAAUUAUGAUAUUUUAAAGAAUUCACAGCAUCAAAAUAACUCUAAUAACAUUUUUAAUUAAUUAUUACAAAACUAGAAGAAACUGUAUUACUAUUAAGGAAUCACAGAAAAAAGAAAUUCAGAAUAUAGAUUAAUCAAUAAGAUUUUUAUAUCAUAUCAUUAGAAAACAUGUGUAAAAUAACCAUGCUAUUGUAAAAAUGAAGAAAUGGUAAUGAUUAAAUUUGAAAAUAUCAUGAUUAAGGAAUUAAUAAAAGAAUUAAGAAUAUUAAUUUAGUAAUCUUAAUAAUAAUCCUCAUUAUUUUAUAUCUAAUAUAUUUAGCUACUUAUUUAAAAUGGAAAAUACUUUGAAGCUUUGAAUGCUACUUAAAAGGUACUUAAUUCAUUCAAUAGAAGAGUAUAAUAAUUUAAGAAAUAAGUUCAACUAAUCAAAGGAUAAAUUUCACUAUAACAUAAAAUUUUAUUUAAAUUACUAUAAUAAUAAAUUUUAAUAGCUAUUAAAUUUUUAAUAUAAAGUAAGUCAUCUGGAACUGCUAAACAUUAAAUUAUUAAAUAAGCCCUAUUAUCAUUAUAACAAAAAAUUGAUUCUGAAAAAAUUUUAUAAGAAUAAUUUAAUUUAAUAUUAAAAGCAAAAAUUGAUUUUUUAGAAGAAAUCUCAAAAAAAUCAAAUUAAGAGGGUUAUUUUUUAAGUUUGUAAGCUGUAAAAAUAAUUCAAUAAAUAGAAGAGUUAAAGAAAAGAUUAGUAAAUAACUUUUAGAUUGUUCCUAGUAAAUUAUUUAUGAUAAAUUUUAGCUCAUAAUAAUUAAAGUUUACUAUUGUUUUUUUAAAUAGAGAUAUUGAAUGAUUUGAUAAAUUCUUAGACAGUCAAUACUAUUAAUACAUAACUUGAUGAUUAAGAGCAAAUAAUAAAUGCAAAUAUUGUUUAUUAAGAGUUUGUCAAUUAAUAUACUCAUGCUACUUUUAUAUUAAAAGAUUAAGAUAAUAUAGAAUUAAUUCAAGAUGGCAUAAAUAAAAGUAUUCGGAUAGGUUAAAAUAAAUAUACUUCAUUUGAAGAAAUGGUCCCUUCUUCCUUAAUUUCAGUUCAUAAAUAUUUUAUGAAGGGUUUUUUUUAAUCCGGAAAAAAUAAAUAUUAUUUAAACAUUAGCUAAUCAUUUUUAUAAAUUUCUUAAGGAAUUUUCACUCCAGUUGAAAUUUGCUUGGAUAUUUCAUUUGAUCUAUCUAUGAAUCAAUUGUUAUCUACAGUAUUUAUUAGAUUAAUAUCUAAUAAUACUUUAAUUCAUUAUUUUUUAUUGGAUAAUCACUAUAAGAUUAAAGAAAUAUCUCAAUUAUUAUAUUAAAAAAUACUAGAAUAUCCAAUUAAUUAAAAGAUGAUAUUUUUGGAUUAAUCUAUUUUUAAUUUUAUUCCUGCUUUAACUGAAAAAGAUUUUCUUCAUGAUAGAACAUUGGGUUUAUAUUAAAUAAAUUUUCCUGUAAAUUCAAAUAAAUCUUUUACAACUCAUUCAAAAUCAAGUUAAAGAUCAACUGAAGUAUUUUAAGGUGUAAUUAGUAUUUAAUUAAGAAAAAUAAAUCAAAAUAAUUUAUAUUACAUUUUAGAAUUAACAGAUUUAAAAUCUGAUAAGAAAGGAAUUUAUGAUUCUGUAUAAGUUAUAUGUUAACCUUAAAUUGAUGUAGAUGAAAAAGAAAUUAUUAAUAUUCCAUUUGAUAUUUGUUCAUAGCCAGAAGCAAGUAAUGCAAACUAAGUAAAUAUUUAAUAACUAACAUCUCGUCUUGAUUCUUAAAGACCAUUAUUAUUUACAAGUUUAGGUGAAUGUUUAGAUGCCUAAAUAGAUAAUAUAAAAGAUAGUUAAAGUUAGAUUUCAAAUAAUAUAGAAAACUCAGUUAAUUCAAAGAAAAAAAAAUCAAAUUCAGAUGAAGUACUUAAAUAAUUUGAUGAUUAAGGAUCCUAAAUAUCUUCAGUAGCUGCUGUCAGAAGAUCUGCAUACUUUAAAUAAUUUUUAAUUGUAAAUUAACUAAUCUUUUCUAAAGUUUUCCCAAUAAAUAUUAAGAUAUUUAAUUUAAUGUAUUUUCUAUAUAUUUUGGGUGGAAUUGUCAAUUUAGGUAUGCUACUUUAAUAAGUUUAAAACCUUUAAAAUUAUUAAGACCUAUUGGCUUUAUUAAGUAUUAAGUACGAUAUCUAUGAACCAAUUGAAUCUUUUCUAAAUACUAGGUAUACUAUUGUGAAUUUGAAUUAAGCAUUAGCUACAUAAGUAAUAAAUUAAUCUUUAUAUAAUGAAUUAAUACUUUUUCCUAGAUCUAAUUUAGUUAAAGGUUAUGAUGAUUUAAAAGAUAAUAUUUUUGAUGUUAUUUCAAGAAAAGAAUUCUAAUCAUUUCUAAAAGAUAAAUAUUUUGAUAGUGUUUGGUAUGUCACUACAAAUUAAGGAAUAGAAAAGAAUAUCACUUUUAGGAGUGGAAUUUUAGCUUUAUUAAAUUAUUAGUAUGAGUUCAAAUUAGCAUACACAGUUAAAGUUUUAUAAACAGAUGGACCUUAUUUUUAUUAUUCAUAUAAAAAUUAUGUUCCUCUAUUUAAAAUUUUUACUCAAUUAAAUUUGAAUAUCUUAGAUUAACUUACAAAUUCACUUUCUUAUUAAUCUGAUUAACUUACAAUAAUAUCAGCUCCAUUUAAUGUGUUUUUAGGUAUAAUUUCAAUUUUUUACUUUAUUUAUUUAAUAAGAUAAAGAAAACUAAAAAAUAAAUUAUUAAGUUUACUUUAUUAGUAAGAUAAUGAAAUUAUUGCAUACGAAGUUCAAAGAUUGAAAUAACUUCAAAACUUAAUUAAUUCAAAUUACAAUUCAAUAUAUCAAUAUGUACUUGAUGUUUAAAACUUUGAUGAUAAUUUAAAAAAUUAAGAAGUUGAAUUUUUUAAAUUAAUAAAUAAGAAAGGAAAUAGAACGACAUCUGGGUUAAGAAAAAACCGAUAAAUUAAGAUAUAUAGCUUUUUCUAAAUAAGCAUGCUAUUAGUAAAUAUCAUUGUUUUAUAAUUGUUAUAUUUUCUAACUAUUAGUUCUCUUGACACUUAUUUAUAAAGAUGUUAAAAUACAGGUAAAAUCUAUGAGUCUCUUUCUAAUACAGGUGUAGAUGUUCUUAUCAUUUAUGCAUAAAGAGAAGUAUUGUAUAGAGCAACUUUAAUUCCAUAUAUUACAGUUUAAGACAUUCAAGAUUUGAAAGAUUAAAUAAAUACAAGCUUAGAAUCAAUUAAGAAAUUUAGUGGAUAACUAUUAUAAAUCAAUUAAAAAGAUUAUUUAUUAGAUGAUUCAUCAAUAGAGUUAUUUAACUAAAUAGAUUCAUAAAGUUUAUGCAAUUAUCUGCCAAAAGUAAGUAUAUUAUUUAUUCUUAAGUAAUAUUAAAAUGUUUCAACAACAAUUUGUCCAUAUGUAUUAUAAGGUGUACUUACUUAAGGAUUAAUAUCUACAUUAAAUUUAAUGUAUAACUCUAUACACUCUGAAAAAUAAGUGAAUAAUUUUACUAACAGAACAAUAACAUAAGUACCUAUAAGAGAAAUGGAGGGAGCUACUUUUACUGCAAAAAUAAUAAAGGAAUUAGUAAUAAAAUUAUAUUCUAGUAUUUAUAGUUAUACAAAAGAGAUAUAAUCGAAUUACUAAGUAUUAUAAUUUAAUGAUUAUUAGAUUAUUUACAUAUGUGCUAUUCUUAUAUAAUUAUUUUUUGGAUUUAGUAUAAUUAAUAGAAUAAGUACAUAUGAAAUGUAAUAAAUGAAUGAUUUACGUAAAGUUGUGUAUUUAUUGCCUUAAUCAACACUUUUAUUUGAUGAUUCAUUCCAACGAUUAAUAAAGAUCAUCAUAAAAUAAGGAUAAUUAGUUUGA